AUGGAGCAAUUUGCGGACGAAUUAUUCGGAGACAGGUUCAGUGAAUAUCCCCUCCUUCUCCAUCCAUUGUACGGGACUAUUAUCUUCGUCAGAGAGGGGUUCAAAUCAUUCUACUACAUUUUGUUGCCCGGUGUCGUCGCUUACGCCAUCCUUAUGGGAGCUGUUGCAUUGCUAGUCAUUUUAAUUCUAAAUAUUGCAGAGAUGGCAGGAAGCCUGCGAAAGAACGACGAGGGGACACGAAAGAAAAGUGGCGACGAAAAUAGGGCCCGGGGCAGUGUCGAACGUCGUCUCGAGGCUGGCGAGAUCAAAUUUUGA